AUGGGUUACGAAUACAUCAAUGUUACUUCGUGCUUGGCCACUGGUAUUUCCCUCACCGUCGUAACUGUUCUUGCUGUCGCUCUUCGAUUGGGCGUGGCAGGACAGAAGGCCAUCAAAUCUAGAGAUGUGCGUUUCAGCAAGCACCUCGAUGACUUCUUUUGUCUCUGUGCUCUUCUUCCGACUAUCGGCGUAUCCACCGUUAUGAUUUAUGGUGCGGCCAAGGGAAUCAUUGGCGGUCACAAUGACCCUAGCAACAUUGAGGGCUGGAUCUUCAGCACCACACCAGAACUGGUAAUCCUAGAAAAGUGUGUGUACAUGAUUUUUAUCAUGCAGCCGCUCGCUAUUGGUCUCACCAAACUCGCUUUCUUGUUCCUCUACCGUCGCAUUUUCACAUGGCCUGGCUUCCAGUGGACUUCUCUGGUCUUCAUCGUCCUCACUGUCGCUUUCACGAUUGCUUUCUUCAUUGGCUUCAUCUUCGACUGCCGCCUGAACUUUGCCGCCAACUGGGGCUCUCUAGCAAGCAUCGCCGAAAACUGCCCCUUUGGAUUUGAAGCCACUAUCGCGUUCACAGUCCUUGAUGCCGUCUUUGAUCUGUGCAUCCUGCUCCUGCCACUUCCUUGGAUCUGGCGUCUACAAAUGCCCACCAUCCGCAAGAUCCAGCUGUGCGGUGUCUUUCUGCUCGGAGGAUUCGCUGUCGCUUCUGCCAUCGUUCGCAUGGUCAUCUGUAUCAAGCAGAACACGCCCUCUGCUGCCCUCGACCAGCAGUACAUUAUGGGUAUGCCCACCUACGACAUCAUCGGCAUAACCUCGCAUGGUCUCUUCUGGACUGUUGUUGAGACCAACGUUGCUCUCAUUGCCUGCUGCCUUCCCAAACUACGACCUGUACUCAGCAUAGCGGGUCUGGGAAGUUUCAUGGUGUCUAUGGGCUCUCUCCUCCAGAGGAUGGGUUCCAGCAUGGGUACUCAGAACUCAAACAGUGCCAGCAGCGGCAGCGGCCAGUUCAGCAAGAUCUCCGCGGCUACUGUCGUCACAGUUGGUAGCACACCCCGCAGCCAGAUGGGCCAUUAUCGCUCGCAGGAGAAGGACCGCACUGGUAGCGAUAUCAGCCUCGUCGAGAUGGGCAACAAGGUCGAGGCAGCAGCGGCUGUGACUGAGAAGCAGGUUUCACCUGACCCUUACGAGGCUUAUGAGGUGGAUCUUGAGGACAGGAAGUACCUUGGGAGGAACUCUCCCAGCAGGUUCUCCCAGUAA